AUGUUGUCUAGAGCAGUUUUAAGAAGUUGUUCAUUGAACAGAGCUUUUUUGAGAAGCCCUUCUUUGAGAUGUGGCACCUCAUAUGCUAUGCCAAGAUUAAUUUCACAAGUUAACUCUAUUAGAAAGUACUCCGACCACCAUGAAGAAACUUUUGAGGAAUUCACUGCGAGAUUCGAAAAGGAAUUCGAGGAGGCUUAUGACUUGUUUGAGGUCCAAAGAGUGUUGAAUAACUGUUUUUCCUACGAUUUGGUACCAGCUCCUGCUGUGUUAGAGAAGGCUUUGCUUGCUGCAAGAAGAGUUAAUGAUUUGCCAACGGCAAUUAGAGUUUUUGAGGCCUUGAAAUACAAGGUUGAAACCGAGGACCAAUACAAGGCUUACUUAGAAGAAUUGAGUGACCUCAGAAAGGAAUUGGGAAUUCCUUUGAAGGAAGAACUUUUCCCUGAAUCUUCCUAA